AUGGCUUCUAUCAUACCGUUCAAGAUUUCUAUCUCAGAGGACAAGCUUCAGCGCUUGCAGCAAAAACUAGCAUUAACAGACUUACCCUCCGAAGUCCUCGACCCCACCAACCCCUGGUCUCGCGGCGUCCCUCUUUCAGAAAUCAAGCGACUAGCUUUCUACUGGCAGCAUCAUUUCAACUGGCGAGCAGUUGAAGCAAAGCUCAACGAGCUCCCACAAUACACAGCGAAUAUCGAGGUUGAAGGCUUCGACAAAUAUGAUAUCCAUUUCGUCCACCAGCAAAGCCCAGUCACUGAUGCUAUCCCCCUUCUCUUCCUUCAUGGCUGGCCUUCAAGUUUCCUGGAAGUAAAAGCGAUGCUACCCCUUUUAGUUGACGGAGGAACAGAUGGCCCUGCAUUUCAUGUAGUAGCCCCUAGCUUGAUCGAUUUUGGGUUCUCGUCUGCAAACAAGAAAAAAGCAUUCAAUGUCGAGCAACACGCAGAAGCAUACCAUAAACUGAUGCUGGCUCUGGGAUACAAUGAAUACGUCGUCCAAGCUGGCGAUAUCGGAUAUCUCAUCACCCGUUUCAUGGCCAGUCAGUACGGACCGAAGCACUGCAGAGCAUACCACCUCAGCAACGCAGCACCCGCGGAGCCAACGGCAACAACACAUCCGGAGCUUCACACCAAAAUGCAAACCACUCCUCUCAGCGACAGGGACCUCGCUGGCCUCGCACGCACCCGGGAAUUCUCAACGCACGGAAACGCAUACUAUCUCCUACAAUCCAGCAGACCGCAAACCCUAGCAUACAGUCUCAGCGACAGCCCCGUCGGGCUUUUAGCAUGGAUAUACGAGAAACUCGUCGAGUGGAGUGAUGGGUACCCCUGGAGUGACGAACAGGUCUUGACGUGGGUCAGUCUGUAUUAUUUCUCUGCUGCCGGCCCGGCAGCGUGCUUGAAUCUAUAUUAUGAGAAUGAGCAUCGGGUCCCAAGUGCCUUUGAGAAGGCGAAAGAGUGGAUCGAUGUUCCGCUCGGUGUGGCGCGGUUUGAGAAGGAUUUGAUUCUUCUGCCGCGGGCGUGGAAUGGGACGUUGGGACCUGUGGUGUUGGAGAGUGAGGCUCACAGCGGCGGGCACUUUGCGGCAUGGGAGUGUCCGGAUGCUGUGGUUGGAGACUUGAGAAAGAUGUUUGGGAGGGAUGGGAGAUUGUUUGGAUGUGUGAAGGGGAGGAACGGGUACAAUUGA